UCACAGUCUUCAGCCCCGCGAAAUGUAGCAGUGAGUCAGAUAAUUUGUGAAAAUAUAAUUGGUUAUUGAUUCCUUGUCGAUUGACUGGUUAUAACCGGUUGAUGUGGUGGGACUGGGGCUGAUGUCUGUGGCGGGGCGUCUUUGCGUGUAGGUGAAUGAGAGAGCCAGCCGCGUGUUCCUGUACGUGGCUGUUAUAUAACAAAUUCCCGAUGUAGAUACUGUAGGCAAGAGGCGAUUCGGUUAUAUGAAAACGUAACGCAUCAUUAUUUUCUGAACGAUCGAAACCUAUACACAGUCUAUACAGCAUUUCUGCCCGACGCGACAUCAAAUUGAAUGGACCUGUCGGUAGACGGCCACGCGCCAGAAUUUGUGCUAUUUACCUGCACAGGCAAAAAAAAAAAAAAAAAACAAUACCAGGGAACACGACGCCGUAUUCGGAAACCAGUGGUUUUGUGGUUCUUUUGUGUUUUUGGGUAAUUACUGGAUGGCUUGAUUACGGAAAUGAGCAGGUGCCUAUGAAAUUAUUUGUACAUACGGAAAGCAAUGCCCACGGCCUAUGUUGUGUGGCUGUCUAUACACAUUGGUCGUCAGUAGGCUAUAUGUGCAUUCAGUGCAUUGCUACUCGUCUCCGUGUCUUAUACGCCUGCGCUCUAGCUCCCUAGAACACUGGCUCUAAUUUCUCCAGUGCUUUCCAGAAGCCAGAGAUUCCCAGUAUUUUAUACAUUUGGCUUUUGAUGUACAGGAAUAGCAAGAUCACGAUAUGUUAUGUUGGGCAAAUGGAAUGACGGAAUGUGAACCUGAUUUUUUCUUAAACGGUGCCUGUGAUUCUCAAUAUUUCUUCUCUGCGGCUCUGCGCCACGUCGUGGUGCUGAAACGGACAGCGCCUGUGCUGAAGGAUUCCAUCACGCCGCCGAGCUAUAGGAAUUUUCCCCCCUGUGCCAAAUCCAGUGACGCUUACUCCCGGUGUUUUUGUUUUUACUUAAAUCUGAAUUUUUCCGAAAAUUUUGGGAGAGUAUUUAAACAUCCACAUGGAUUAUAACAGGUCGGGCUUUGGAAAAUAUUUGUUUCUUUCUGGGGAAUUGCUACUGAGGAAUAAGGACUACAAUUUACAGCGUUUGAUUUGAAACAGCCGGCUGUCCUGGAUGGUAUCUAACUAAAGUGGAAGCUGUAAGCAGGAUGAAAACAUGGCCGCGCCCCUUAUGGCACCACCAGGACCUGACAGCUUCAAAAAGUUCUCCCCGGAGUCUCUGGUCAACAUCGAGAGGCGCAUCGCCGAGGAAAAGGCCAAGAAGCCGCCCAAGCCCGAUAGCAGUCACCGCGACGAUGACGACGAGAACAAGCCCAAGCCCAACAGCGAUCUGGAGGCGGGCCGAAGCCUGCCCUUCAUCUACGGGGACACCCCUGCGGGACUGGUAGCAGUGCCCCUGGAGGAUUUGGACCCUUACUAUUUGAAUCAAAAAACGUUUAUAGUGCUAAAUAGAGGGAAAACAAUCUUCCGCUUCAGUGCCACACCUGCCUUGUACUUCAUAAGUCCUUUUAAUCUUGUUAGGCGAAUAGCUAUUAAAAUUUUGAUACAUUCUUUGUUCAGCAUGAUCAUUAUGUGUACAAUUUUGACCAACUGUGUGUUCAUGACUUUUAGCAAUCCCCCAGAAUGGUCCAAACAAGUAGAGUACACCUUUACUGGAAUUUAUACCUUCGAAUCAACUGUAAAAAUCAUUGCUCGUGGUUUCUGUAUAGACAAUUUCACAUUCCUGAGAGACCCAUGGAAUUGGCUAGAUUUCAUGGUGAUCUCCAUGGCAUAUGUCACAGAGUUUGUGGACCUGGGAAAUGUGUCUGCGCUGAGAACGUUCAGAGUUCUCCGGGCGCUGAAAACUAUCUCUGUCAUUCCAGGUCUGAAGACCAUUGUGGGCGCCCUGAUCCAGUCUGUGAAGAAGCUGUCGGACGUGAUGAUCCUCACCGUCUUCUGCCUCAGCGUCUUCGCCCUGAUUGGCCUGCAGCUCUUCAUGGGCAACCUGCGGCAGAAGUGCGUCAUCUGGCCCAUCAACUCCACCGAGAACUACCUGAGCAACGGCAGCAAAGGGUUCGACUGGGACGAGUACAUCAUGAACGAAACCAAUUUCUACAUCCUCCCGGGACAACUGGACGCCCUCCUGUGCGGGAACAGUUCUGAUUCGGGUCGCUGCCCUGAGGGGUACACGUGCAUGAAGGCUGGGAGGAACCCCAACUACGGCUACACCAGCUUCGACAGCUUCGGCUGGGCCUUCCUGGCUCUCUUCCGCCUCAUGACCCAGGACUUCUGGGAGAACCUUUACCAGCUGACGCUGCGGGCGGCCGGGAAGACCUACAUGAUCUUCUUCGUGCUGGUGAUCUUUGUGGGCUCCUUCUACCUGGUCAACCUGAUCCUGGCUGUGGUCGCCAUGGCCUACGAGGAGCAGAACCAGGCCACCAUGGAAGAGGCGGAGCAGAAGGAGGCAGAGUUCAAGGCCAUGCUGGAGCAGCUGAAGAAACAGCAGGAGGAUGCCCAGGCGGCAGCCAUGGCGACCUCAGCGGGAACUGUGUCAGAGGAUGUUGUAGAGGAUGACGGUGGGGGUCACAUGUCCUGCAGCUCGUCCGAUAUGUCCAAGGUUAGCUCCAAGAGCGCCAAGGAACGACGCAACCGUAAGAAGAAGUGGCGGCAGAAGGAGCAGUCCCACGGCGAGGAGAAGGGCGACAGCGAGAAGUUUGUCAAGUCAGAGUCCGACGACGGCAGCAAGAGGAGCAGGUUCCGUUUCCCUGACAACCGGUUAGGCAGGAAGACUUCCAUCAUGAACCAGUCCCUCCUCAGUAUCCCAGGGUCUCCUUUCCUCUCUCGACACAACAGCAAGAACAGCAUCUUCAGCUUCAAGGGCCGCUCCAAGGACAUGGGCUCGGAGAACGAGUUCGCCGACGACGAGCACAGCACGGUGGAGGAGAGCGACGACCGGCGCGGCUCGCUCUUCAGCCCGUACCGCCGCAGCAGCUACAGCGGCUACCACGGCAAGCGCAACAGCACGGUGGACUGCAACGGCGUGGUGUCGCUCAUAGGACCCGGGCCCGGCGGACGCCUACUGCCUGAGGUGAUAAUAGAUAAGGCAGCUACUGACGACAGCCCCACCACAGAGGGGGAGGUGAAGAAGAGGAACUCGGGGUCCCUGAUGGUGGCUGUGGACCAGCUCAACACUUCUUUUGGCCGCAAAGAGAGGGCCAACAGCGUGCUGAGUGUCAACACCAACACUCUGGUGGAGGAGCUGGAGGAGUCCCAGCGGAACUGCCCUCCAUGCUGGUACAAGUUCGCCAACACCUUCCUGAUCUGGGAGUGCUGCCCGACGUGGCUGAAGAUCAAGGAGAUCGUCAACCUGGUGGUGAUGGAUCCCUUCGUCGACCUGGCUAUCACCAUCUGCAUUGUGCUCAACACACUCUUCAUGGCCAUGGAGCAUUACCCCAUGACCCCGCACUUUGAGCACGUGCUCACCGUAGGGAACCUGGUAUUUACCGGAAUCUUCACUGCCGAGAUGUUUGCCAAACUGGUUGCCAUGGACCCAUACUACUACUUCCAGGAGGGCUGGAACAUUUUUGACGGGUUCAUUGUGAGCUUGAGCUUGAUGGAGCUGGGCCUGGCUGACGUGGAGGGUCUGUCCGUGCUGCGAUCAUUCCGAUUGCUCAGGGUGUUCAAACUGGCCAAGUCAUGGCCGACCCUCAACAUGCUGAUCAAGAUCAUCGGGAACUCGGUGGGGGCCCUGGGAAACCUGACCCUGGUGCUGGCCAUCAUCGUCUUCAUCUUCGCCGUGGUGGGCAUGCAGCUCUUCGGCAAGAGCUACAAGGACUGCGUGUGCAAGAUCGCCACGGACUGCGAGCUGCCGCGCUGGCACAUGAACGACUUCUUCCACUCCUUCCUGAUCGUGUUCCGCGUGCUGUGCGGCGAGUGGAUCGAGACCAUGUGGGACUGCAUGGAGGUGGCCGGCCAGACCAUGUGCCUCAUCGUCUUCAUGAUGGUCAUGGUCAUCGGAAACCUGGUGGUGUUGAACCUGUUCCUGGCCUUGCUGCUCAGCUCCUUCAGCGCGGACAACCUGGCGGCCACGGACGACGACGGCGAGAUGAACAACCUGCAGAUCUCAGUCAUCCGCAUCAAGAAGGGCAUCGCCUGGAUGAAGAUCAAGCUGCGGCUGCUGGCCGCCACCCUGCUGAAGAGGAAGGUGACGGACGAGGUGAAGCCGCUCGACGACAUGUACGACAAGAAGCUGAACUGUAUUGCCAACCACACGGGCGUGGACAUCAACCGGGAGCUGGACUACCAGAAGAACGGCAACGGCACCACCAGCGGCAUCGGCAGCAGCGUGGGGAAGUACAUGAUCGACGAGGACCGCAUGUCCUUCAUACACAACCCCAACCUAACUGUGCGGGUGCCCAUCGCCGUGGGCGAGUCAGACUUUGAGAACCUCAACACUGAGGACUUCAGCAGCGAAUCAGAUGUAGAGGGCACUAAAGAGCUGGAUGACACCAGCUCCUCAGAAGGCAGCACCAUUGACAUUAAGCCAGAAGUGGAGGACGUGGUGGUGGUGGAGCAGGUGGAGGAGUACAUGGACCCAGAAGCCUGCUGGACCGAAGCCUGUAUUGCACGGUAUAAGUGCUGCGAUGUGCCCAUCACGGAGGGCUGGGGGAAGCACUGGUGGUUCCUGAGGAAGACCUGCUAUCUGAUCGUGGAGCACAACUGGUUUGAGACCCUGAUCAUCUUCAUGAUCCUGCUCAGUAGUGGAGCACUGGCGUUCGAGGACGUGUACAUCGAGCAGAGGAAGACCAUCCGCGUCAUCCUGGAGUACGCCGACCGCGUUUUCACCUACAUCUUCAUCCUGGAGAUGUUGCUCAAGUGGGUGGCCUACGGCUUCGUCAAGUACUUCACCAACGCCUGGUGCUGGCUCGACUUCUUCAUCGUGGACGUGUCUAUAGUCAGCCUUAUAGCUAAUGCCCUGGGCUACUCCGAUCUAGGGCCUAUUAAAUCACUCAGGACACUAAGGGCCUUGAGACCGCUCAGAGCCUUGUCACGAUUUGAAGGGAUGAGGGUGGUAGUCAACGCCCUGGUUGGAGCCAUCCCCUCCAUUAUGAAUGUGUUGCUGGUUUGCCUCAUCUUUUGGCUAAUUUUCAGUAUCAUGGGGGUCAACUUGUUUGCGGGAAAGUACUACUACUGCUUCAACGCGACGUCCGAGUUGCGCUUUGAAAUCACAGACGUCAACAACAAAACCGAAUGCUUUUUGCUCAUCAACGCCAACCACACUGACGUCAGGUGGAAGAAUGUCAAGAUCAACUUUGACAAUGUUGGCGCCGGCUACCUGGCCCUUCUCCAAGUGGCCACAUUCAAAGGCUGGAUGGAUAUCAUGUAUGCAGCAGUGGACUCCAGAAAGGUGGAAGAUCAGCCUAUUUAUGAGGACAACAUCUACAUGUACAUCUACUUUGUCAUCUUCAUCAUCUUUGGCUCCUUCUUCACCCUCAACCUCUUCAUCGGUGUCAUCAUUGACAACUUCAACCAGCAGAAGAAAAAGUUUGGGGGUCAGGACAUCUUUAUGACAGAGGAGCAGAAGAAAUACUACAACGCCAUGAAGAAGCUCGGCUCCAAGAAACCUCAAAAACCCAUACCCCGGCCAGUGAACAAGAUCCAGGGGAUGGUGUUUGACUUUGUGACGCAGCAGGUCUUCGACAUCUCCAUCAUGAUCCUCAUCUGCCUCAACAUGGUGACCAUGAUGGUGGAGACAGAUGACCAGACGCCGGAGAUGGAGAACAUCCUGUACUGGGUCAACUUCAUCUUCAUCAUUGCCUUCACCACCGAGUUUGUGCUCAAGCUCUUCGCCCUGAGACAUUACUACUUCACCAUCGGCUGGAACAUUUUUGACGUGGUUGUGGUCAUCCUCUCCAUCGUCGGUAUGUUCCUGGCAGACCUGAUCGAGAAGUACUUUGUGUCCCCAACGCUGUUCAGGGUGAUUCGUCUGGCUCGAAUUGGCCGCAUCCUGCGUCUGAUCAAGGGAGCCAAGGGAAUCCGGACUUUGCUGUUCGCCCUGAUGAUGUCACUGCCAGCCCUGUUCAACAUCGGCCUCCUCCUCUUCCUGGUCAUGUUCAUCUUCUCCAUCUUCGGCAUGUCCAACUUUGCCUACGUCAAGAGGGAGGCGGGCAUCGACGACAUGUACAACUUCGAGACUUUCGGGAACAGCAUGAUCUGCCUGUUCAUGAUCACCACCUCGGCUGGCUGGGACGGCCUGCUGUCGCCUAUCCUCAACUACCCCCCCGACUGUAGCCCCGACAAGGAGAACCCCGGCACCACGGUGAAGGGCGACUGCGGCAACCCCUCGGUGGGCAUCUUCUUCUUCGUCAUGUACAUCAUCAUCUCCUUCCUCAUCGUGGUCAACAUGUACAUCGCCAUCAUCCUGGAGAACUUCAGCGUGGCCACGGAGGAGAGCGCCGACCCGCUGAGCGAGGACGACUUCGAGACCUUCUACGAGAUCUGGGAGAAGUUCGACCCGGACGCCUCGCAGUUCAUCACCUUCGCCAAGCUCUCGGACUUCGCCGACACCCUGGAGCACCCGCUGCGGGUGCCCAAGCCCAACACCAUCGAGCUGAUCGCCAUGGACAUGCCGAUGGUGAGCGGCGAUCGCAUACACUGCCUGGACAUCCUGUUCGCCUUCACCAAGCGCGUGCUGGGCGACAGCGGGGAGCUGGACAUGCUGCGGCAGCAGAUGGAGGAGCGCUUCGUGGCGGCCAACCCCUCCAAGGUGUCCUACGAGCCCAUCACCACCACGCUGCGGCGCAAGCAGGAGCACGUGUCCGCCAUCAUCAUCCAGCGCGCUUACCGGGCCCACCUGAUCCGCCGGGGCUUCAUCUGCAAGCGCAGGCUCGGGACUAACAAGCUGGAGAACGGGGGGACCAAUCAGGACAAGAAGGAGGGCACACCCUCCACAGCCUCCCUCCCCUCCUACGACAGCGUGACCAAACCCGACAAGGAGAAGCAGGAGGACAGCGAGGACAGGAGCAGGAAAGACAAGGGUCGAAACCAAAAAGACGUCAGGGAAUCUAAAUGUUAGAAAUACAGUGACAAUAAUGAAAAAACUACAACUUCAACAACACACAGCAGCAAACUGAGAUCAAACUCUUCUGACUAAAAAAAAAAGAAAAAACAACCCUCACACCCACCUGUGUACAAAUGAUUUCAUUUACCAGUGAAGAAAACAGAUACGGAGACAAAACAAAAAAAAAACAAAAAAAAAAAACAUUGUUUACAGACUUCAUAAACGUAUCAGUGCAGAUGAGGCUUGAUUUCUAACGGCUUUGAAGACGUUUAAAAACCAAACGUAAUCGGCUUUCUGUGUGACAUUGCAAAACGACCAACAUUUUAAAAAUAAAACAAAAAUGAAUAAAAACAACAAAAAGAACAAAAACAAACUGACCGUCCUGUGCGGGCUACGGGUGGACUUCUCAGCCAUGAGAAAGAGUGAUAGAGAGAGAAAAAGAGAUAGCUGGAGAGGAGGAACUUUAUGGGAUGGAACCUCCAAAACUGCCAUUCGGAAUUCCGUCGGAAAAACCAACGCCAUUAUGGAUUUUCCCCAAGGAAACAACUGCCGUGGAGCCUAUGGCUGUCAGGCGAUGUCUGACGGACGUUCUGUACCACUGUUUAUAAUAAUCGAGGAAAAAACAAUAACCAACUAGACUGAACAAAAGCAAACUCAAACGGAAAUUAAGGAAGUGUGAAAGAGAGAGAAAAAACCCUGGAACAAUUUAAAAUAAGGGUUUUUUUUGUUUGUUUGUUUGUGCUGAAUAUACCUGCAUCUUUACAUUAUUUGAGCGGCAAAAAAAAGAAAAAAGUUAACAUUUAGCCCAUGUCACUCGUCUUUUCAUCUUAUCUUUGUUAUACCCGCAUUAAAAAAAGACGUUUUCUACAUGGGCUUUCACACUGAUCGGGAAGGGGGGAUUAAUAAGGGGUUUGACUUGGGCUUAAUGGGGACUCGCUCAAACCGAUUUCCAAAUAAAUAAAUAAUUGUGCUCGUUCAAUGCAUAGAAAUGACUUGCAUGAUGGCAUGUUUUGAUCAGGAAUCAUGCAUGAAUUAUCAUAGUCCACAAGACACAAAUACUCGGACCACGACAGUGGAUUCACCAUGCGUUUUAAGGCUGCCCACUGGGAAAAAUUAUCAAAAGGAAUAUUGCUUUAGAAAUAAGUGAUAAUAAUAACCGUAAUGCUAAUAACAACAGUAAUGAUUGUUAUUAUUAUUACGAUCCACAAAUUGGGGGAAAUAAUCAAAUAUAAAUUCUGCCCUUCUCAAAUAGUGAUCAUCCAACUGAGAGAUCUUUCAAUUAGGCCUCAUUAGAAAUUAGCAAGUGUAAGAAGGUUGUUACCAGUAGCUCAUGUUUCUGAUGUUUUGAGUAUACCAACAUUGUGGCACAUUAAAAAAAAAAGAAAAGAAAAAAAAGCAUACUUGCUGCUCUGGAUUUUGUGAAUGGAGGGGUGCGUGUUGGGGGGGGGGGCAGGGUUGUGCUUAGUGUGUGGAAUAUAUAUAUGCAGAAUGGCUCAUAAGGUCGGGACAAAUGCACAUUUCAAUCACUGUCGAAACCAAAUCUGGGGGUUAGUAACUGUGUGUACUUUUGUAAACUGUAACCUUAUUUUAUCCACCAUUAGCUUCCCGCAUUUAACCUUUGACCUUGUCUCAUGGUGAGAGAGGAGACUGCUAGGGGCGGGGCUGUGGGCGGAGCUGAUGACAGGAUGGAGCAAGCUGGUUGAUAUUGUGUCAUUUCUUUCAGGGCUUUGAGGGAAGGCUGGUGAAGGAGAUCAUGAGAGAUGUGCUUGUAAAACUAUGCUAAUUACUAACUGUUUAUUAAGGAUAACUGUUUGUUGGUUCGGUUUAGUUUUUUUCUCUUCAUUUUUGUGUUUUCAUCCUUUUUUCAGUACCUACCCCCAUUACAUUCCUAUCUUCUGUUGCAAGGGCUUUUUUUCUCCAAUGCAUUUUAAUCUCUGGUUCUUAUUUUUAAAACAACCAGCUAUUUUUUUUUCUACAUGACAUCGGUUCAUAAAUUCUUUACAUCGUUCACACAGACUGGACAGAGAAUGCUGAGGAGAUAGACAGAAAAUAAACAUUGUUUAGUUUUGGGUGUUGGAAGAGGAGCUGUGGAGUUCUUGUCACUCAAAGGCAAAGCAGGUUGGACCUUGUUUAGGUGGGGCGUGGCUGCAAAGAGGGACCUCAUUCGGGGGGUGUGGCUACAGACCAACCUCAUUUAGGGAGGUGUGGCCAAAAAGAUGGCCGUCCGUUUACUCAGGCAGUGAAAGAAACCUGUGCAUAUGAAGAGGCACGCCCUUCAGCUGGAAGAACAAUGGUCAGAUUCCCUCGGCUAGGAGCUAAAGUCACCCUGCUCUUGAGGGUAUUUUGUGGGUCACGAUUGAGAUGCUGACUCAUAGACGAGGUGGAGGCGCCCCAUUGGGCUUGAGAAGGGCCAAUGUGUGCAAUGUCCAGAUCGGCGGUGAUUUUAAAAGGCUGAGGCCGUGUACCGUGGACCUCAGCGGGCCGUCAGAGCACCAUUAAUCCUGGCAGGGCCCGCAGUGAUAUGACACUAUGAUAACGGAGGCUUUUAAAAUCAGGUUCUGUGCAUGCUAACGGAGCGAGGCGCUAACAGGUCCGCCUCUGUGCGCACAGAGCUUCUCUCUGCAGAGGAAAUGCAGAGCAGACGUCGCCACAGAGAGUCAGCGGGAGCACGGCGUCCUCUGCGUAAGGCGUGGGCGUGGCCCAGGGGCUAUCCCCUGAAAAUAAAGAAUUUCAAACCCCUUAUUUCUCUAUGAACGGCAGACAGAAAUCCCAAGAGUUAAGCGCUACUGGACACCUACUAAACCCAAUAGAGAGCUAUGAUGGCAUUUGCACUUUCCUGCCUCCCCCCUCCACAGUCUGCCUUCAUCCAGAAAUCUUCUGGCCCCAUUGCUGCAUGACGUCGCCUAAUCAGUGUGGUGCUGUGGACUUGAACCAAAUAAACUCCCAGCGGAAAUCAUACAUGCAAAUAAUGCCAUCCAGUUCCUGCCCCCAUGCCCACCUUGGAUGUAAUGUAUAAACGACAAUAAAGGACAUUCAUACAUUAAUUUAAAAAAAAUAUAUUUAAAAAAUAACAUGUACAGUACAGGCUGCGAUGUAAAUGGCACAACAAGCUGAUGAGAUGGACAAACCUUUUUGAGAGAAAUCUAUAAAUAAUGUAAUAUAUUAUUUUAUUUUAUCGGCAUGCAUUUUUGUUGUUUUUUUGUAAAUAGACUAUUUUAAAAGAUUACUACUAUUAAUCUAAUGAUGAUAAUUAUAAAUAAUAUUCAUAUUAUUAAUAUAAUAAUAAUAUAGAAUGGCUUACAGCCCAUGACGCCCUUUGUCGCAUUUGUUACUUUUCAACACUUUUCACAUUGUUGAGGGGAACUUGAAUGAAAUAUUAUAUAAUAUGAAAGAUUAUAUGCAUAUAUAUACGUAGAUAUGUAUGUAUAUAUGCACACACAAUGAAUUUAUAUAUGAACACUGUCUGUCACUCACCUUGCUCUUCUAAUCCCCAUUUUAAGGAACAGACCGUUCUACCAAACGUGAAUGCUCACAUUUCCUUUUCGUGCAACACGUAACGGUGUCGUUCGGCGAAUGACCAAACCUGUAGUUGGCCCAGGACCACAGCGUUUUUUUUCCGGGACCACCACACCUGCGUGUGCCACUCACUGAGGAUUUUGUAACCUGUAAUGACGAGAGGCUCGCGCUACCAGCACACUUUUGUGUACAUUUUGUGAAGUCGUCGUACGAACCUCCACUAGUUACCGUCCCACUCUUAUACACAUGAACACACACAGGCACACACGUGCUUGCUACUAACCUGCCAAUCAGAACGCAAGCGUGUCCCGAAACCGUAGGUUCCAGUUGCUCCGAAAUUCCUCCCAAUUAAUUAAUGCUCCGAAAGCAUCAAUGCGGUUAGCGCCCAUCAAUGCGGUUAUUUAUUUAUUUAUUUGUUUAUUUAUUUAUUUAUUUUUUUAUGUGUAAAUGUGUUUUGGUCUAUUUAUUUCUUGAUUUUUCACGCACUGUUCUUUUUUAUGGCACGUGAUUUUUUAAACCAUUUUUAAUAAUUGGAGAAAAUGACGAGCGCUGUCAUCUUACAAAUUUAGGAGCUAUUCAAAGUGGAGCACACAAAUAAAAAUCAGGGACCGUAACAUACCGGAGGACUCAAAAAUACUGCCUGAGAAAUUAAGCAAACAUGUAUUCCACAUAAUUUAAGAGUCACAAUAGGUAAUUUAAGUGUUCCAUAUGUUUUGCAGUGUAUGUACUGUGGAAUAUGCAGCCUUCUGUUUUAUAGCUCUCUGUUCAUUUUUGACGUUUAUUUUUCUAUCAAUACUUAGCUAUGAAACGGUUUCAUUUAUUUUUGUAGCAUGACUGAAAUGUUAUUUUCUUUUUUUGCUGGAAAAAAAGUUUGAAAAGUGCUUUUUAAAUUGUCAUCAUGUGCCACUAUGAUACAGGAGGAAAUACGAUUGUGUGUUGCACAACCACUUGGACUCUUAGUAAGAAUUUAUGAAAGAUUGUCUUCAUUUGAGCACGAACCUUUUUAUUAACAAUAAAGCAGCCUUCCAGUUAUACGCUGUGUUUGGGGGUUCAUUCAUGGUUGGAGGGAUUAAGAAAAUUGGGGGUUCUGAAUGCGGGAACAAACGAGCCAUCCCGCCUUUUCUUUGCCUGGAUACUGCCAUGGCGGACGCUCUUGGACUGAAACGCCUAUCUUCAUCGAGCGGACGUCUGUCACCUACUGCCACACAUGGGACUGCCUCUGUACGUGUAUUUUGCUAUGUUUUUUCCCCAGCAGGUACUCGGUCCGUCAGAUUGUUUAUCUCAUGCGUCUUUAUGAAACGCCACUUCACUGGAAUAGCCCUCUCCCCAGCAAUCAAUCAUUUGACUUCUAGUGAUUUAAAAAGGAGCUUUGACAGCCCUUCAGAGAGGGCGCGUGCCUGAACCAGUGGACGAGGCAGGAAAUGAUUAUGCAUAUGAAAAUCUUAAUCUUCGAUCCUUCAGAAUAUUCAUGUUCUUUUUGGAUUCUUUUAUAAUCUGUUGUUCAUUGGGUGACGGCUCAUUAAAUAGGAGGGGGAGUCUGUGUAGCGAG